CCCCAUUAAGAAAACACAUGUAGUGCUAUUUAGAGAAAGUCAUUAUGUUUUAGUCCUUCACCCUAGCCGAGCCCAACCUUGCGCCACACGUAACAAUAUAUAUGUUUUUGCCUUUUGGAAAGCUGAAGGAGAGAAGUCCAAGCAUUCGAUCCAUGCUGCUGCUGCUGAUUUCUUGAAAUUUCGAAUAUAUAUUCCAUCAAUACCUGUCUCGAUUCAGAGUUUGCUCUUCUGAGAUGGUGGGGGAGAUGGAUGUUGCUGUCCGGAGAAGAAAGCACAAGCGCACCAAGAAGCAUGUUCAUUCUUUUGUGCUAGGUAAAAUGAGUUUAGCUAUCUGGAGAAGAAAGCACAAGCGCAGCACGAAGCAGGUUGGAUACGGCUUCGGCGUCAAGAGAUGGCGCGGGGGCAAACAGAUAAGUGACUUGCCUGACGAGAUGCUUAUUGCCAUCUUGUCCUCUAUGCUCCCCUGGGAAGCUGCCAGGACCAGUGUCCUCUCGCGCAGAUGGAGAUAUCUCUGGUAUUCCACAUUUGACUCCCUUGAUUUUGAUCCCAUGGAUCCUGCCCCUGAAGCUGCAACCAGGAAGCAAAAGUUCUUGAGGUUCUUAAAGGAUCAAUGGCGUUGGAGAAUGAUCGAAAAUUUCCACACUACAUUUUCUCUCUUUGAGCUUCAUGCCAUAUCUGACGCAAAAUCACUCGAAGAAGCGCGCCGUGCUCUGCUUGACAAAAAACUGGAAGUAGAAGAUGCUAAAAGCAGACUUGAGAAACACGAUGAUGAUGAUGAUGAUGAUGAUGAGGAAGAACAUGCAAGGAAAACAAUGUCAAGGGCUACUCAAGAAGCAAUGAUCGCGAGGAAACUCGCUGAGGUUGAAAAGGAAGAAGAAGAAGUGAGAGAAACACGCGCACAACUCAAAUACAACGAAAAGUAUACGAAACGAUGCAAGGCGAAGUUGGAAAAGGUUCUGAGGGACUCCUCUGUUGAGCAGUGGAUAGUUGUGGCUUGCUCUAUGGGCAUUAUGAGUCUGGGGGCGCUGAGGAGCCUUGCAGACGACCGGAGUAUGGAGUUUUACUUCACCAUUGGAGGGAGUGUGGACAGGGAAGAGUUGGGAGCGUUGCCGAGGAUCUGUAGAAACUUUUUUCGCAUCGAAGACUUGGAGCCCAACAGGCUUUACCACCUGAAGAAUGGGAGGGUCACCACAUUGUCCUCAGAAGAAGCUGCUGAGGUGGGUUUUCGGACAUUCUCAAGACUGGGUCUUUGAAGUUAUUACCUAUCUAUCAGUCUAUCACUAUGGCCUCCACUAAUCAGCUGCUAAUUAGUAAUCAUUAAAUCAUUAAUCUUGAU